AUGGGGUCCCUGACGAUCGGUGCCAAGUACAAGACCACGAUCAAGGACCCCGGCACCCCAGGCAUCCUCCGCAUGAACGAUGAUAGGUUCACCUUCACCCCUAAUGAUCCACGGUCGGCAAUGAAGUUCAAUGUUGAUUUCCGGACCAUCAAAGGUCACAAGUUCAACAAAGUAGAGGGUAACAAAGCAGCAUUAUUGAACCUUUCAAAAGAAGACAAGGCUGGAGGCUACAUAUUUGAGUUUGACAAUGUUGGUAACCGCGACCUAUCUCGCGACUUUGUAGCUAGGGUUUUAGGCAAACAUCAAGGGAUAGUGCCUCCUAGACCAACUGUGACUCCUGAAAACUCAGUUGCUUCUGCUGCUCUGGAACAACUCAGUGCUGCUGAAGUGGAGAGACGGGUGAAACUGUUGCGAGAAGACAGAAAUUACAUAAGAAGUUUGUUCUUGGAAAUAUUCUGCAAGAAUCUGAAUUUUGGGCAACAAGAAAGAACUUACUUGAAGAUGAAGCAAAUAAAAGAUCAAAACAAAGGCCAGGUUUCAAGAAUGCGCUUAGUAGAUAUUAAGCCAACAACUGAUGGUCGGACAAACAAAGUUACUUUCCAGAUCACACCUGAGAUGAUACAUCAGAUUUUUGCAGAAAAGCCUGCUGUCCGUAGAGCAUAUUUAGAUUUUGUUCCAAAAAAGAUGUCAGAAACCCGAUUUUGGGAAAAAUACUGUAGAGCCGAGUAUCUAGUUAGGACAAAAAACACUGCAGCAGCAACAGCUGAGGCUGCUGGAGAUGAGGAAUUGGCUAUCUUCCUGAAGAAUGAUGAUAUACUGGCCAAGGAGGCAAAGAUGAAGAUAAAACGAGUCGAUCCAACAUUAGACAUGGAGGCAGACACUGGAGAUGAUUACAUUCAUCUUCCGGACCAUGGGAUUCACCGUGAUGGUAACAAAGAGACAGUCGAUGCUGACAGUGAGUUGGCGAGGAGGACGCUGUCUCAGGACCUGAACCGUCAUGCAGCUGUUGUUCUUGAAGGGAGAUCUCUUGAUGUUGAGUCGACUGAUCCAAAGACUUUAGCUGAAGCCCUUGUAAGGUCCAAGAAAGAACCACCUUCCACUUCUAUUGUUGAUGAUGCUAAUCAUGAGAGACUAGUGAAGGUGGCUAGAAUGACGGAGAUAGAGGAUCUGCAAGCUCCACGAAGCCUUCCGUGUAUGCGCCCACUUUGUAUAAAGGAUCCUAAAGAAUAUUUUGAUUCCCAACAAGCAAAUGCUCUGAGAUCUCUAGGUGGCAGCAAUGACGGAAGAAAAGCUCGUACUUGCAGCUUGAGCACUGAAGAAGCAUUCCAUCAUUUAAUGGACCAAAUGUCUUCUAUUAAAGUUAAUAAGCUUAACUGUCCGAUUAUUCAGUCUGAUAUGGCUCUUAAGGAAGUAUCUAAGGCCUGUUUGGCAGAGCUCCAACUCCAAGAAUUUUUGGAGCUGACCAUCCCUAGGUCCAGCAUUGACGGCUAUCCAGGAAUUGCUACGGCAUUUUUGGUCAUCGAUCCAAUAACAAGUGCAGUCCUUUAUAACAAGGUUCAAAGAGUUAAAGAAGCUAUGACACAGAUAUAUCAAAAGCUGCAGCUUAUAAAGGAAUCAGCACAGCCUGAUGCCUUGGAUGCCGCCUUCAACCACGAUGUGGAACAGCAGCAGAAGUCGUCCAAGGCCGGGAACAGGCACAACGGGUUUUGA